AUGCAGUUUUCUACUUUUUCAACCCUGAGCAUGCUAUUGAGCCUUCCCUUGGCAACUUUUGCCCAGGACGCAAGAUGCCAAAGCGACAUAAUCACAGAUGACACAGUGAAAGAAUACUCCACUGCGGUAGAAUUCGACAGCACGAAGAACAAGUACACGGCGUCCAUCAAGCCAGGCUCCAUAGACCUCACCAUCCCAUCAUUAAAAAUCACAAACAGCGGCAAUAUCAAGCGAAAAUAUUGUCUUGCUAGCGAACCCAGCACACCACGCUCAGUCAGCUGUUUUGUGCUGAACGCGACAUCGGCAUGCACCCUGCCUGACUAUUAUGGCAAGCCUUUCAGGCUUGACACUUACCCUUAUUGA